AUGACCGUAAAGCGAUUCAAGAAGAUAUUGCGAAAUCUGCACGUGAAUGAUAAUACACAGAUACCAGAUAAGACAAGCGAGAACUAUGACAAACUUUACAAAAUACGCCCAUUAUUGGAUCUUAUCACUCAGGCAUGUCAGAAAAAUGCCAAAGACUCCUCAUCCCAAAGUAUUGAUGAAUCGAUGAUUCUCUUCAAAGGCCGGUCUUCCAUGAAACAGUAUAUGCCUCUAAAGCCCAUAAAAAGAGGUUACAAGGUAUGGUGUCGCUGUGACAGUAAAACUGGGUAUCUCUAUGAAUUCUACAUAUACACUGGAAAAUCAAAAACCGGAACAGAGGAAGGACUAGGAUCCAAAGUUGUGAAGAUGUUGACUGAAAAGCUGAUAAAUAAAGCACUGGAGGAAUAUCAUAUUAUUAUUACAUUUGACAAUUUCUUCUGUGACUACACUCUAAUGCAAUAUCUAUAUGAAAAUGGCAUUUAUGCUACAGGAACUGUACGAAGACACAGAAAACAUCUGCCUGUACUUGUAAAAACGAAUCAGAAGCUUGCAAAAGGACAAUAUAAAUGGAGAGUCAAGGGAAAUGUAUCUUUCUUAGUUUGGCAAGAUACCAAAGAGGUUCUCCUAUUGAGUAAUGCAUUCCAUCCAAAAGUUGGCAAAACCACUGUCUUACGGACUCAGAAAGACGGCACAAAACAAGAAAUCAACUGCCCGUUAGCAAUAAAGGAGUAUACUAAAAGGAUGGGAGGCGUUGAUCACUUUGAUCAGAUAAAAAGUACCUAUUCAGUAGGCAGAAGAAGUAGGAGAUGGUGGGUCCGAAUAUUCUUUUUCCUUUUAGAUACAAGUAUAACAAAUGCAUACUUGUUAUAUUGCCAAAAUAAGAAUGCGACAAAACUAAGCAAUCUUGAAUUUCGAGUCUCUGUCGCUAGAGGACUGAUCAGUGGGUUUUCCAGUAGAAAACGACGAUCUGGUAGUUUAGUCAACUAUAUCUGCAGAAAAAAAAUUGCUUCUGAGAAUCGCCAAAAGGCAGUGCAUGUUGUCGCAGAGGAAGUUCGUUUCACCAACGUUGGAGACCAUAUGCCCGUUGAAUCGCCUUCAUAUAAACGUUGCAGAAUGUGUAGCACAAAAGAAAAAGACAAAAGAUCGAAAGUUAUAUGUGAAAAAUGCAAAGUUCCGCUCUGCAUAACACCAUGUUUUACUGCAUUUCAUAGGAAAGGCUAG